UUGUGUCUUGAUGUAACACUGUCAACAAGGUUACAUGGAAAACUGUGGACCAUCACCACACCCUGACCUUUAGGGCUCUUAAAUCAAGGCUGAGGCAAAUGCUGCAAAAGCGGAUUAUUUUGUGGCCUGGUGCAUCCUAGAUGUUUAUCGUGUUGAUUUGUUUGUUGUGUCACAGUGUAAUUAUUAAGAAGGAAGUGUUGUAUAAGCGUACCAGGGAGGUGCUUCAUCAACAUUGGCGGAACCUAUACUGGAUGUGAUCCAUUUGAACAUCUGUGUCAUCGCUGUCUCAUUGUGCUAGUGGGUCUCAAGGUCUGUGUUGAGUUUGCUUGGGCGACAUUCAGGUCUGCACCAGUCUUUGGCUAUAUUGACUCACAACCUCCUUUCACUCAUGUGUGAUGUAAGGACAUGCUUUACUGUGAGCCAACCUGUCCAUGAUUAGACGCUUUGGACUGUCACACCUGGAAGCAUCUACUUGACAAAAUUCUGAGGAACUUUUCCCAAGCAGACACUAAGCUUCAAGUUUAAGUUUUAUGGAAGGAUUCAGGAAAUGUUUUUUAUUUCAAUUCAUGAAAAGACAAGCAAUUCACCUCUCUUGAAUGUAUAACACACGUCAGAAUGGCCUCGGGGAAGGUAAGGAAAAUGCACUAAUUAACUUGGCCUCGUGCGAGUCAACACGAGACAAGAUGCUGACAUGUCUGUGAGGAACAUGGAGGAUUGAGUCACAAUAUACAUUACAGGGUUACAGUCAGCAUCAGUUGCUACCUGGCCAUGAUUCAGGCCUCAGCAAACAUGCUGUCCCUCAAUGGACGCAACUUUCCAGGCAAUCAAUUCAGCAAAUGUGCAGGUGCCAUCUGUAUUUGUGCUCACAUUCUUCAAUGAUUCUGCCAGGCAAGCGAUAAAUUUCAGAAAUAACCCUGGGGCUUGCCUCAAGUUCCCCCAAAAUCUCAAGUGAUGAUUCAGCAAACAAUAGCCCAGCAUUGUUAAGGCAUGAUAAUCAUCCUUCAUGCAUAUUUCCCUCUCAUGAUGACUUGUCAGUCGUUGCUGUCAAGUUUUUACGAAUGAAUUUAAACAAAAUCAGAGUGUCUACUGCUCCCGUUGAUCACAUCGCUGACAGUGCAAGGCGAUAGACUGUCAACUGUGUCAAGAGAGAUGGCUUGAUGAUGUAGGAGUAAGGCUUGACUGCAGAUUGUCUGAUUGAACUGCAGAUAUCUGAGAUACCUCUCUUCGUCAUCAGUUUGACUGAUGAAGAAGGCCAAAUGUUUGAAAUUACUUACCAGUGUUAAGAUGUUGACAUAGUUUUGUGAUGGUUGUUAACAGUUUGUGGAUUGAUUGAAGUUCAGUGGCUAGUGUGUCCUAGUGUUGGAGCCCUUGUUGGUGUUAUGUGUUCACAAACUGUUGUGACGGCUACUUAACACCACCACAUGGAACUUGGAAGAUGUUGGAUGUGUUAGGCCUCCAGUUAAAACGAUGUUUUGAGAUUGAAAACAAAUUUUGAAUACUUUCAUACAACAUACAUAUUUGACGAUCAAAUCAUCAGUUAUUGUCAUAAUCAUAGCCUCGAUAAUGUUGACAAAACGAAUCAUAAAUGAAAUUCAAAACUUGUGGUUUUAUGAUGCCUAUAAUAAUAAAGAUGUCAGAUUGUACAAUCGGUAGAUGAGAUCAUCAUACUAUAUAUCUGUAUAAUCAGGAUAUAGGCAAAGUAUUGACAUCAUUAACGUCAUCAACAAGUCGAAUACUUUACUUGAAAGACACCCUUAGCUAUGUUCACAUCGGUGGCUUUCUUCAAGCUAUUCACUAAUUACUCCCCAGUGUCAGCUGUUGUUCUGCAGUCUCACUUCCCAAAGCAUAUUUAUAUCAGUGUAUUUCAGCUUGUUCCAUCAAAACAACACACUUUUCUCAUCCUUCUUGAAGCGUGUUUCCACUCACAGAUCACAUACUGGUUUCUGUUGCCUGAUGCCCUCUUAUCCUCCUAUUUCUGGAAUUUGAAAUGUGGAAUAUCAGCAGAUUUCGGAAGAGCAGAUACUUCGGAUAAGCUAAAACAGUUGAUUUCAGAUAGCAUCAUUGACAUUUACAGUGAUUUGUGCAGUGAUCAUCGAAAAUGGCAUGACGAUGAAGAAAAUCCAUUUACAUUGGACUAUUUACAAACUGUGCGAUUAUAUUGACUUUUAUUUCCACUAUAGUUCUAAUGUUUUUAAGGUUGUCAGAUGCUAAUGUAGGUGAAUGAGUUAUUGCCUAGCAGCAAAUACCAAGUGGAAAAUGCUGAUAAAAUAUGGGACGAUGUCAGUGAUUGGCAAAUAAGAUCAUUGUUUUUGAGUUACGUUGAUGCCACAGCUGUCAUGAGUGACAAAACAUUCGCACACCCAAAGCGUUUGAGCACCUCUCUGGUAUCUGUUUUAUUUGAGUUUCUCAGAGUAAGUAGACUCCUGUCAAUAUGAAUGUGCUCUCCUUAACAUUUACCUAUAGAUUGUAAAUCAGGUCUGAGACAAUAGACUUGAAGAAGACUGACAGCCAGGACUGGGAUAUUCUUGCUUCAACAGCAGGAGUCACCGUUAAUAUUUUUCAGUGAAACUUUUGAAGAAAAUAUGGUUCAUAGUUGUGUCGUCUGCUAUGGCUCAUACUACUUGGUGUAAGAUACCAGGCAAUUAGCUUCACAGACAAAAAGGAAUGCUGGAGUGCUGAUGUCUCGGGAUGUGGUGUAAAUUCUGGGAAUAAUUCGGAUUUCACAAUGAAAUUAAAGCAUACGAUUGAUGACCUUGACCUGUGGUACCAAGAGCAUAUGCGGACACGGAGCCAUGGCUCCCCCAGGACUGGGCGAGACACGGCUAAUUAUCGGCAGAUCAAUGCAGUUCGGCAUGACAGGCCCCUCCUAAGCUCGCAGAGUGCGGGUCAACUUGGCCGACCCACAGCAGUUCCCUCCCUUUUACGCAUCUCAGCUAGAAGAACCAACUCUACAGGUAGCAGCAGUUUUGUGGAGGUCGAGGAUGAGGGUGAAUGUAGUUCCCUCGGUGGCAGUGGUGGGAAUUUAGUCGCCGCUGCUGCUGCGGUGCCAAGCGUUGACAGCGGAGGAAGGGCGUCGGUGCUGGGGUCUUUCCUGCAUAGGCUCAACAGACCAGCUAUGAAGAAAUCAGAUGCGGGGAAGAUUCCACCACUGAAGAACUUCAAGAAAGGCCAGAGUAAGAGCCCUUGCCUUCCCAAGAAGCAGCCGUCACCUGACACCCUGAGUCCUGCUAUCAGAGUGCAUUAUGGGUCAGGGACACUGCAUCCACCGCCCUUAGAUGAUGUGCUGAGGCGCAGCACAGAGGAUCUAGAGAUGCUAGACACAAGCAGUAAGGAGAAUGGCGGUAGCAUUGACACGAUGCUGGAUGAUGUGGAUGAGGUGGAUGCUCAUCCCUUGCCCGAGACAUCGGAGUCUAGUCGAGUCAAGGCAGCCAUUGAUCACCUUCACCAAAAGAUUGACAAGACGAAAGAGAUGAUCAAGACUGAACAGGCACAUAAAGAAGCUAACGUGAACGAGUACCUGCGUCUUGCGUCCAGCACAGAGGACAAGCAACAGGCUCAGCGCAUCAAGACAGUUUUCGAGAAGCGCAACCAGAAGUCGGCUCAGGGCAUUAAUCAGCUGCAGAAAAAGCUGGAGAACUACCAGCGGAAACUGAGUGACAUUGAGAGGCGUGGACUUCCUGGCCACAAACAAGCCAAAGACAGGCUGCGUGAUGUCGGCCAAGGGCUCAAAGAUGUGGGUGCCAAUAUUGUAGAUGGAAUAACAGGUUUCUCAGGUGGAGUCGUAGACAACAUUAAAGGAGCCAAAGAUACAAUAGUCGCAAAACCCAAAGAAUUUGCUCAUCUAAUAAAGAACAAGUUUGGAAGUGCUGACAAUAUUAAUCAAUUAAAAAUGGAGGAAGAGAAGGAAGAUGGAGAAACUAGGCAGCCUUCAGGAGGAACUUUACCUGCCAGACAAACAGUAGGAACAGAUUUCAAGUACGGGUCAGACGAUGAAGGAUCAAGCAUUACUUCAGGCUCAGGGUUCGGGGCACAUAGUAGCCCCCACUCCACUUCCCAGAAUACCUCACAGCAACUUCCUGUUCUCACUCAAGCCAUUGUUGACCCUAUUCUGCUGGAGCUAGAGGAAAUGAAGGACUUCAAUCGGAAACUCACAGAUCAACUCCAGAAACUAGCAGAAGAUUUUGACACAUACAAGGCUACGUCCACCUGUGAGAUAAGCAUACUGCGGGGCCUGCUGGACGAGGAGAAGUACAAGGUGGACCGCCAGGAGGAUCAGAUCAAUGACCUCACAGAGCUGCAUCAGAACGAAAUCACCAACCUCAAACAGGAUAUCACCAGCAUGGAAGAAAAGAUUGAAUAUCGUUUGGAUGAACGAACAACGGACCUCAGUGAUCUCGUAGACAAUUGUCAGACAAGGAUUCAGCGUCUGGAACAGCAGCAGCAACAGCAACAGAUCCUUUCCAUGGAGAUGGUCGAGAACGUCACAUUCAGGACAAUACUCACGAAACUCAUUAACGUUGUCCUUGCUCUACUUGCCGUUGUGCUUGUUUUUGUAUCCACUGCAGCAAACCUCCUCUCUCCCUUUCUGACAUCCAGAAUGCGCAUCCUGUGGACCAUUGUUUUGGCCGUGUUCUUCACGGUCCUGUAUCACAGCUGGGACAGCAUCGAAGCUGCUGCUCAUUAUUCAUGGGACACGAUGACCAGUAUAUGGCCGUGGAGGUAGUGUUGCUGUCAUCUGCUGCCGCAAGGCAGUUGGACAUUAUCUGUAUUUUGCUUCCACUGCAAUAACAUGAAAGUCUCAGGGACCCAGGGUUCCAGCGACUGUGGGGCAUGACUCCAAGAUCUUCCUGUAUUCCGCUGACAACGAAUUGAUUUGCUACAAAUUGUGUUGGCAAGCAAGGGAUGAAGAUUCAGUGCGUCUGGCAGUGAUUUUUGCCACUGUGCCCUGAUUGCCUGGAUUGUAGGACCUGCAUUAUGUGUGUUACUUUGGAGUGAUUGGUUGAUCUGACUCUCUGGUCUGCUUUUUGCCCACAAGCUGCCAAACCAGAAAGGAACCGGGAUACAAUCUGCACAUUGGUGAAAUCAAACUCUUUAGUUUCGUUACUUUUCAUUUCAUGGGAGAGUUUUGAAAAAGAUAUAAUUCAUUCAUCAACGAACAAAUUGGUUAACCCUGCACACAAUGUGCAUGCACGACAGCGUAGUUGGUUGUCAUCGAUGGUGUCUCUUUGAGUGAUAGUUCAGAGGUGAUGAAUACGCUCUUAGAGUGUAGCUUGUGCCGCUCCUCAUUCACCCCGUGGAUGAAGAAGUGCCACGCCCUGUCGUGUACUUUGAUAUUAAACCAAAGUUUUGUGUGUAGACUAUCCAAUGAGACUUCAUAGUUUUGUGGCAGAGAUGCAAUCUUCAUCCUGUCAUGUUUUGUGCAAUUCUAGCGGGAUCAGUACCCGCAGAGAAGAUACCAUAGUUGCUAUGGUAUCCAACUUGUGAUCUUAGACCUGUUUUGGAUGGGUCACGUGAUAUGUCACAUGACCCUGUCCUUACCUAACAAGGGCUGGCUGGCUGGCUAUUGGUGUUAUUGUGUUCUUGCCAUUGUUUAGUCAUCUGUGUUUCUGUGCCCAAUUGUGAUGCACAGAUGGUAUGCAUACCAUUGUGAUGACAUCUAGUCUGCUGGAGGAAUUUCCUGAAUUUAUUUCAUAAUUUGGAAGUUAUUCAACUGAUUGUCACCCUUAACAGUGAAUGCAAUUAGUUAUGGUGUUUUGCCUGGGAUUAAAAAAUCAGUUUGAAAAUGUGAUACACAGUUGUUUUAAAAUAGAAGAAACAUCCAGGUUCUUGUCUCAGCAGACUAGGAACCAUUAUUGAAUUGGUUUCUAAAUUAAGGAACACUAUGUCACUGUUUGAACUUCAAGGACAUUCGUUACUUUGUUUUAUUAGCUUGUUUGUUCACGAUUCAUGUUAAGCCGUUUUUUAAAGCUUUAUUUAUGAACAUGUGCACAUUUUUG